AUGGGGUUGCAGGAGUCAUAUAGGCUACCGAAAUGGAAAAGGACUAGGAUGGCGAUCUGUACUUAUAACGCACGUACGCUUGCAUCGGAAGCGGCCAUCGAAGAUCUGAUGAUUAGAGGUGUUGGUGGAGUUGACGUCAACACGAGUAUGGUAAAGAACAUCGACUCUUUCGAACAACUUACGACCCGAAUCGGACGUCUGCGGAUGAGAAGAUGUGGUCCAUCACCAGCUUUGACUAUCUUCGUCGCUUACGCCCCAACAUCAAGCUACGAAGAAGAAGUCGAAGCUUUCUAUAUAGACCUGGAGAAGUUCUACCGAGAAGAUCAUGCCUUCUACAAGGUCAUAAUUGGCGAUUUCAACGCCAAAGUUGGUCCAAGAAGAACGCCGGAGGAACGGCCUACAGUGGAAUGA